GGGGAGCUGAUCACGUCUCGAGAGAGGAAAUGCACUUGCUGUAAUAUAUUGGUAAACUCUCAGAGAUUGUUUUGGUAAAGAGUUGAGAAAGAGCGCAUCGGGCCAAAUGUGCAGAGUUGUGUUUGUUGUGGCGCUCGUCGUGUUGGUCAGCCCUGAGGCGCACGGCUUGGACAAUGGUCUGGCGCUGAAACCCACCAUGGGCUGGCUGCACUGGGAGAGAUUCAUGUGCAACACCGACUGUGACACCGACCCCGAUAAUUGCGUAAGUGAGCGUCUGUACAUGCAGAUGGCAGAUGUGAUGGUGAAGGAGGGCUGGAGAGAGGCUGGUUAUGAGUAUGUCUGCAUCGAUGACUGCUGGCCCUCCCACCAGCGCGAUGCCCAGGGACGCCUGCAGGCAGACCCCAAGAGGUUCCCAGGGGGCAUCAAGAAACUGGCCGACUAUAUCCAUUCCAGGGGUUUGAAGUUGGGUAUCUAUGGAGAUGUUGGGACAAGUACCUGCGCCGGAUACCCCGGCAGCCUGGGCUACUAUGAGACGGAUGCCCAGACCUUCGCUGAUUGGGGUGUGGAUCUGCUCAAGUUUGAUGGAUGCUACAUGAACUGGACUCGACUGGGAGACGGCUAUGUGACUAUGUCAAAGGCACUAAACAGAACAGGAAGAAAUAUCAUAUACUCCUGUGAGUGGCCUCUUUAUGAGUGGCCGUUCCAUCAGCCGAACUACACAGCCAUCCGGGAGACAUGCAACCACUGGCGCAACUUUGCUGACGUGUAUGACUCCUGGAGCAGCAUCAAGUCCAUAGUGGAGUGGACCGCUGCCCAUCAGGAGAUCAUCGUCCCCUCAGCUGGACCUGGGGGCUGGAACGACCCUGAUAUGCUUGUUAUUGGGAACUUUGGCCUGAGUCACGACCAGCAGGAGUCUCAGAUGGCCUUAUGGGCCAUAAUGGCUGCCCCUUUGCUCAUGUCCAAUGAUCUAAGGGAUAUCUGCCCUCGCUCUAAGGGGCUGCUGCAGAACAGACAGAUCAUUGCCAUCAGCCAGGACCCGCUGGGCAAGCAGGGAUACCGUACUGCUAAGGUGGACAGUUUUGAAGUGUGGGAGAGGCCUCUGUCCAAGAAGAGGCUGGCUAUUGCCGUGUUGAACAAACAGGAGAUCGGUGGCCCACGGAGGUUUCCUAUCGGCAUGGCACCCGGCUGGAAGAUCUGUGACCCGCAGUGCAACGUCACCCAGAUCCUGCCACAGUACAAGGAGUUGGGGAUUCAGACCCUCCACAGCAAGGUGGCGGUGCUUGUCAACCCUUCAGGCACAGUUCUGAUGACUGUCACCCCUGCCAACAGACACUUCAAGAGUCAUCACAGCCUACACUGGCAGGACACAUCUAUCAAAGACAAGCACACCACCAUUUUGUAAUCCAUGCGUGGUUAAACAAAUGCACUUUAAUUGCCUGUAUGAUUUGGUUGUACAUCUUGUCUCAAAGGGUCACCACUGUGACAGAUGUGAAUUAUUAAGUUACUGAGGUCUGGAGUUUGAUAUGAAAUGCCUUUAAGUUUUAAAGAGGGAAAUUAUACUGGUUGUGCGUACUCAUGUCUAAACCAGAACCCAAAAUGUUUACAGUACCUUCAUUGUUGUGAAUUACUGAAUAAAGAAUCUGGUUUGCACUUAUUA